UUCAAAGUAGAAACUUACAAACUUCUUUGUUUUUCGUGAUGUUACACAAUAACCUAACUGUGACAAAAAUAAGAGAAAACUAUAAAACUCAAUGCAUGAUGCAUAACAAACUACCACAACAAUCACAAUUGAAACCUUCACAUCCAUAAUCAUAAACACCCUUCUUAUCAGCUGCAAUGCCUAACAACAAUAAGAACAAACCUUUUCUAUUCCCACAGAUUCAAUCCACUGUCCUCCCUGACCCCUCCAACUUCUUCUCCCCAAAUCUGCUAUCCACACCCCUCCCUACCAACUCUUUUUUCCAAAACUUUGUGCUAAAAAAUGGUGACCAACCUGAAUACAUUCACCCUUACCUCAUCAAAUCCUCAAACUCAUCACUUUCUGUUUCAUACCCUUUUCAUCAUUUUAACUCUUCUUUCAUAUACCAAGUUUUCAAUGCUGAUCUCACCAUAACUUCUUCAGAACAAAAAACCAAUCAACAUUCCAAUGAAAAACACAUAAUAUCAUCCUAUAGUGAUCUUAGUGUCACCUUAGAUAUCCCUUCUUCAAAUCUCAGUUUCUUCCUUGUUAGAGGAAGUCCCUUUUUGACUUUUUCUGUCACAAAACCAACACCUCUUUCCUUUUCCACCAUUCAUGCAAUUCUUUCCUUCUCUUCAAAUGAUAACCUUACCAAGUUCACCUUUCACCUUAACAAUGAUCAAACAUGGAUUUUAUACGCUUCCUUGCCGAUCAAGUUAAGUCAUGAACUUUCUGAGAUCACUUCUGAGGCCUUUUCUGGCAUAAUCCGGAUCGCUUUGUUACCAAACUCCGAUUCGAAAAACGAAGAUUUUCUUGACAAGUUUAGUUCUUGUUACCCUUUAUCAGGUGAUGCUGUGUUCAAAGAACCAUUUAGUGUUGAAUAUAAAUUUGAGAAAAAAGGUUCAAGUGAUAACUUAGAUUUACUACUAUUAGCACAUCCUCUUCAUCUUCACCUUUUGUCUAAGAAUGAUAGUAAAGUUACAAUUUUGAAUGAUUUCAAGUAUAAAAGCAUUGAUGGUGAACUUGUUGGUGUUGUUGGUGAUUCAUGGCUUUUGAAAACUGAUCCUGUUUCUGUUACUUGGCACUCAAGCAAAGGUGUGAAAGAAGAAUUGCGCGACGAAAUCAUUUCGUCUCUUUUGAAAGAUGUUGAGAGUCUAAAGUCAACUCCAAUAACAACAAGUUCUUCUUAUUUCUAUGGAAAAUUGAUAGCAAGGGCUGCAAGGUUAGCAUUGAUAGCUGAAGAAGUGAAUCAUCUUGAUGCAAUUCCAAUUGUGAAGAACUAUUUGAAAGAAUCCAUUGAGCCUUGGCUUGAUGGAACUUUCAAUGGAAAUGGUUUUCUCUAUGAUAAAAAAUGGGGAGGGAUUGUCACUAAACAAGGGUCUAAUGAUUCCGGUGCUGAUUUUGGAUUUGGAAUAUAUAAUGAUCAUCAUUAUCAUUUAGGAUACUUUCUCUAUGGAAUUGCAGUGCUUGCUAAGAUUGAUUCAUCUUGGAGUAAAAAGUAUAAGUCUCAAGCCUAUUCACUAUUAGAAGAUUUUAUGAACUCGAAUGCAAGUUCAAACUCGAAUUACACGCGUUUGAGGUGUUUCGAUCUUUAUAAGUUGCAUUCUUGGGCUGGAGGUUUAACUGAAUUUGCAGAUGGAAGGAAUCAAGAGAGUACUAGUGAAGCUGUGAAUGCAUACUAUUCGGCAGCGUUGAUCGGUUCGGCGUAUGAUGAUACUAAUCUUGUUGAUAUUGGAUCAACACUUUUAGCAUUGGAAAUUGAUGCUGCUAAAAUGUGGUGGCAUGUUAAAAAGGAAGGAAAUUUGUAUGAAGAAGAUUUUACAAAAGAGAAUAGGAUGAUGGGAGUUUUGUGGUCUAAUAAGAGAGAUAGUGGAUUAUGGUUUGCACCUUCUGCUUGGAGAGAGUGUAGGUUAGGGAUUCAGCUUUUACCAUUGGUUCCAAUUUCUGAAGUUUUGUUUUCUGAUUUUGGUUAUGUGAAGGAACUUGUGGAGUGGACUUUGCCUGCUUUGGAUAGGGAAGGUGUUGAAGAAGGAUGGAAAGGUUUUGUGUAUGCUUUGGAAGGUCUUUAUGAUAAUGAAAGUGGUUUGAAGAAUAUAAGAAGUUUAAAUGGUUUUGAUGAUGGAAAUUCAUUCACUAAUCUGUUAUGGUGGAUUCAUAGUAGAGGUGAUGAAAAAGGAGGAUUUGAGUGAUGGAAAUUCAAUGUUCAUGGUUUGCUCAUUAUUAUUUCCAAUGUUAAAUGGUUUCUAUAUAUUUAAAAAGAAAAUAAGAAACAACUGAUUCAAUUGCUUAAUGAAUUUCUGUUAAGAAUAAA